CGCGCGGGGGCGGAAGCGGCGGCGGCGGCGGCGGCAGCGGCUGUCAGAGCUGGAGAGCGGCCGGCGGAGCAGUCAUGGAGGGUCAGCGCUGGCUGCCACUGGAGGCCAACCCCGAGUUCCUCAAACAGUUAGGCCUGCAUCCUAACUGGCAGUUUGUUGAUGUGUAUGGGAUGGAGCCUGAACUUCUCAGCAUGGUACCAAGACCAGUGUGUGCAGUGUUACUCCUCUUCCCUAUCACAGAAAAGUAUGAAGUGUUCAGGACAGAAGAGGAAGAAAAAAUAAAAUCUCGAGGACAAGAUGUUACGUCAUCAGUGUAUUUCAUGAAGCAAACCAUCAGCAAUGCCUGCGGGACGAUUGGACUAAUCCACGCCAUUGCAAACAACAAAGACAAGAUGCACUUUGAAUCUGGAUCAACAUUGAAAAAAUUCCUAGAGGAGUCUGUGUCAAUGAGCCCUGAAGAAAGAGCCAAAUACCUGGAGAACUAUGAUGCUAUUCGAGUUACUCAUGAGACCAGUGCACAUGAAGGUCAGACUGAGGCACCAAGUAUAGAUGAAAAAGUAGAUCUUCAUUUUAUUGCGUUAGUUCAUGUAGAUGGGCAUCUCUAUGAAUUAGAUGGACGGAAACCGUUUCCAAUUAACCAUGGGAAAACUAGUGAUGAGACGUUGUUAGAGGAUGCCAUAGAAGUGUGCAAGAAGUUCAUGGAGCGUGACCCCGAUGAGUUAAGAUUUAAUGCAAUUGCUCUCUCGGCAGCAUAGCUUCUCGACAGAAACACCAAAUGCUGUAUUAUCUGCAACAAAAGUUACAUUUCUGUUGCCAUAACUAACUCAAAAUUUUUGAUAUUUUCAUUAACUUGACUGAUUAAACUUUAUGUGAAUAAACUUUGACAUUA